CACAACGUUAACAUUCUUCUCCAGGACAACCAAAAGUUUCUUAAUUACCACCGAUUAAAAAGCAUUAUAAUUCAGGACAUCUCCUAAUGCCCAUGUCUAUAUAACAGUGUCUAUAUAACAGUAAAAGAAAACAUCAUGGGACCUUUCGCUCUCCCGGUGCCAAACUAUCGCCUCGGUGCACAUCAUCGCAUAAACAAACCUAAGAAAAAAGAUGAGAGCCAAGAAAAUGAGGAGGAAGUUUGGGUCGAAUCCGAAUGGGACACGCCCUCCUCGCGUCUCCCCUCAGACUCUAUCAACCCCCUUAGCCACACGCCAGAUACCCUUCGGCAAUUCGCCGUUGCUGGACUGUCGCCCACAGAGGAGAUACCGUCCAAGGCAAACCCCUUGUUCCCGCACAAGCCGAUCCAGCCCGAGCGCAAGGGCCACAGGAAGCGCGAUGUCGACAAAGACAAUGAAAAUGCUACCGAGAAGCGGGAUAAGGCCGUUACGUCAAAGCAGCACUCGGAGCGCCUACAGCAUCUAAGCACGUUAACAGCGAUCCUGCACCGCUGUCUCGGCGAGGGCGACAUCCUGCGUGCGAAGCGUGCCUUCGGGUUACUGGUGCAGACCAAGGACGUAGAUAUCCGCCAGGCCGGGCUAUGGGCUAUAGGCUCCGAGAUCCUCAUGCGGGAUGGCGAGUCAGAAGAAGGCCAACUCAGAUAUAAGCAGGGACGGGACAACGAACUACGUCGCUGGGGCUCCGCCGCCAACGUCGACAAAGUAAGAUCCUACUUCGAAACCCUCAUCCAGCAACACCCGCACGACCCGCACCGGCCACAACUCACCAGCGCGCUGGACUUCUGGCCCGCGCUCUUCGGCAUCGAGGUGUACAACAUCGAUGCGGAAAUGCGGGCUGCGACGCAUCGUCUCCAGCGGCAACAAGAACAAGAACAAGAUCCAGGCCACGAAGAAGAAGAAGAAGAAGAAGACGAAGACGAAGACGAGGGGGGGUAUGGAUUUGACGUGGACAUGGCGUAUUCGGACGAGACGUUUGAAUCGCAGCGAGAGCUCCAAGCCCAAAGACGACGGCAGGCGACCUACGCGGCGCGCGACGAGAUCCGCACGCGCGCGCUGGUUGCCGCCGAGGCAGUCGCCAAGCAGAUGGACCAGGUGAUGGAAAACGCGCCGUACGGCGCGCACCGCGGACUGUUGCGGCUGCGGGCGCAUCUAGCGCUGUUCGUGGGGGAUUUGUGUCUGCCGGCGCGGCUUGUCGUCGACGGUAGCCGCGUGUCGGGGGAAGAGAGGGGGAAGCGGACGGGGAAAGGCAAGGGCAGGAGUGGCGAGGAUGGGCUGCGGGCGCGUGCCGAGACGGCGGAGGACCAUGCUGCGCUGGCGAGGAGGGGGGACGAGCAGGGGAGGGCGAGGAUGUUGUUUCGGAAGGUGUUGGAUGGGGGAGGGGGAGGGGAGCCGGAGGGGGAAGGGGGGGCGGAUAGUUGGGUGCGGGAGUUUGUGGAUGAGGGCGAGGAUGAGGAGGUGGAUGGGAGGGAUGAUACCCCGAGCAAUAUAAACCACAAACACUCCCUACAGAGGUUUCACGACACGUCUGCCUUCAAUCUUGUAUCAAAGUUUGGUGUCGAGUAG